AUGGGGAUCGGUUCGACAGCAUCGGCGGGAAAGAAGUAUUUCGACGACGCAGCCGAUUGGUUCGAAGGAGCUUGGGGGAGGCAAGGCGGCACGGAUCGGGCGGCCAAAGACAUGAUCGCUGCAGGCCACAGAGAGGCAGGUUUUGCCCGGGAGGAAGCCGUGGCUGCUGAGAUCGAAGCGGAUCAUGCCAAAUUCGUCGGGCUGGAUGCAGAGGCGACGAAUUUCCUCCAGUGGGAAUAUGCCAUGGUCGAGUGA